AUGACUGAACGACAUGGUUUUUCAGAAUAUAUUAAGCCUCCUUCAAUCAUCUGUGCCUGCUUUCCAAGUACUCAGUGUCCUCAUGGAUCUGCUACUUGCACCUCUUCAACUGGAUGCUUUCACUCAUUAGACCUUGACGACACAAACACCCUUGUCUUGUAUGAAAUAAAAGGCUGCUUUUCAAACGAUACUGCCCAGGUUGACUUGUACUGCCGUUCUUCCAUGCCAAAGCAUCGCGACUUUAAAUGUUGUGGGCUAGGUGAUGGCGAUUUUUGUAACAAAAAUUUAUUUACCAUUUAUCACCGGGCUCUCUAUGACCUAAAGUUAAUGAGUAUUGGACAGAUAUCGCUGUCCGUUUUUUUGCCCCUUUCUGUGCUUAUUCUUGGUCUUUUGUUGAUUACUUUUUUGUGGAGACAUGCUAUAUCGAAUCGAACUUCUGAGCGGACCAAUAACGGAAUAUUCGGGACUUGUAAGUCCCCCUCUAUCAUAUCAGGUAUCUGUCCAAUUAAUCGCUUCAAGAGCUAUCAAACUGACAAUUUUAGCGGCUGCCUUCAUUUGUUCAGAACUCAGGAGGAUUCCCCUUCAAACUACGCCACUCAGACUCAGCUUCGUGCAAAGCGCUGGGCGAAUCAUCCAAUGGACCGGACCUUCACCUAUUCUUCUAGGUUUACACAUUCUCCAUACGAUUUCAUCGGAUGCACUACUGGGAGUGGGAGCGGUAGUGGAGUGCCUUUUUUGGUUCAUUCAACCAUUGCAAGGCAAGUUCGUAUACUGUCUUGCAUAGGGAAGGGUCGUUUUGGGGAAGUUUGGCGUGCAAAUUACCAGGACGAGAUUGUGGCGGUUAAAAUAUUUUCUAGCCGCGAUGAAGCUAGUUGGGCUCGAGAAACAGAAGUCUACAAUACUGGUCUUCUUCGGCAUCCCAAUUUGCUUGCUUACUAUGCUAGUGACAUGAUCUCCAUAAACGGCUGCACCCAACUCUGGCUUAUCACUGCCUACCACCCUCGAGGCUGCCUUCACAACUAUCUAAUGGCCAAUUCAAUUAGCCUCAUAGAGGGACUACGAUUAGCUCGAUCGGCUGCAGCUGGAUUAGCCUUUUUGCACGCGGAAAUAACCGGGUUGCAGUCAAAGCCAUCUAUUGCUCAUCGCGAUAUCAAAUCAAAAAAUAUUCUGGUGCGCGAGGACGGUGAGAGCUGCUUAGCUGAUCUAGGUCUUGCUCUAAUGCGUAGCUCGCCAAUUCCCUUAAACGGAAACGGUCUGGCCUCGUGGACUAGUCACCUUUGUACCGGGGCUAAUGCAUCUAGCGGUGGCCUAAUGGGUGGUCUGGUCUUUGAUGGAACAGCGACUGCUAAUUCUGCACCCUCGACACAGGGGCCACCACCUGCAGGUCCCCGCGUCGGUACCAAACGUUAUAUGGCGCCAGAGCUCCUCGCACCUAGAUCAGCUGCUUCAACAAGCCAAAAUUCGCACGUCAAAGACGUGCGCUCUAUUUGCACAGAUGUAAAUAAACCCGUGCAACGGCAAUGCCAGACUAACAAUUCAGAAAUGGCUGAGAGAGACGAAGACAUAGAAGAUGAUAACGAUGGAUAUGCACUUAACGUAGCUGCGGUAAUGACAAACCCUACAGUGCCUACAGCGAUCGAUAAUACGCGGCGCGGACAGCUCUGGGCCACCGCUCGCGAGAUCAUUCUGCCUACUAGGACUCAUUCCUACCAUUUGCCCUUUGAAGUCUAUCAGGCCGCUGAUGUGUACGCUAUGGCAUUAGUGUUUUGGGAGAUCGCGAGACGCACAAAAGGUGGCUCAUCAGAUGCAACUCAAACCGAGGAAUAUCAAUGUGAGCUCAUGCACCUUUGGUACCAGGCUGCUUCAAAGAUUGAUACUUUUAGCAUUACCACUGGUAUGAACAUGCCCCAUCAGCUUAAAUUACCUUUUAUCACAAAUCCAUUUUUUUUUCUUACUGAUCAGAUUCCCUUCUGGAAUGUCGUGCCUCCUGAUCCAACCUUCGCCCAAAUGCGACGCAUUGUCGCUCCGUGUGAUGUGAAACCAAGUCCAGCUCAUUAUCCUCGACCUAACCCCCCCUCUUCAGAAAACGAACCCAAUAUGCUGCAAUUCACACAUGCGUGCUCCGCUAUGGAACAAGAAAAAUCCUUCACACCUCGACUGCCAGCUCUUACGACAGCUGCUUGUCACAACGACAUCUCGAGACCACCGAUUAGUUUCCGUUGGCUGUCUGACCCAAUAUUGGCGCGUUUCGCCCAACUCAUCCAGGAGUGCUGGCACGAAGACUGGCGCAGUCGAUUGCCAGCCUUACGUAUACGAAAAACACUAGCCAAUCUCGAGCGCCAGGCAUCACAUACUGACCCAGUGGACUUAGAUACAGCGGUCGAUAUUGGAUCAGCCAAUCUUGGGAAUGUAAUGCUUCCCAUAAUAGAUAGUCGAAUCGUUGGCGACACAUUCUAUAGAACCGCUUCUCUACCCAAAGGGCUAAUGACAAACUCGGAUCUGUCGAUCUGA